AUGCUCCGGUGUCUCCUACUUACCGCAUCGUCUAUUGUGCUGCGCAUUGUGGACCCCGAAAACCUCCCGGCUGGGGAAAUCGUGUCCCUCUCGAAAAAUCAGCUUGCAACACUCAUCUGGUAUCUCAAGUGGGGGCUAUCAUUAUGGGCUGUAGUCGACCUCAAUUCUGCGUUGAACCGCUGGGCGGCGAACCGAUGGGUGUGGAAGAUUGAUAAAAGCGUUUGGAACUUUCAGACCGAAGUCGCAGUCGUCACUGGUGGAUCAGCAGGGAUCGGAGCUUGUGUAGUCAAGAAGCUCGUUUCUCAUGGUAUUAAAGUCGCGGUCUUGGAUGUCGGGCCACUUUCAGAAUCUUUCACCCAAGCCGAGAGAGAUUCCAUUCGUUACUAUAAAUGCGACAUCACUUCUCGAGACGAGAUACGCGGUGCAGCAGAGGCGAUUCGCUCUGAUCUCGGCUCGCCCUCAAUACUCAUCAACAACGCGGGUAUCGGCAAUGCAGGGACGAUUCUCGACAUUCCUCUAGAAAACUUGAAAAAGAUGUUCGACAUCAAUCUUCUCAGCCACUGGAGCACUGUUCAGGAAUUUCUUCCAGAUAUGCUAGCUAAAAGAAAGGGCCAUAUUAUGAGCGUCGCAAGCCUCGCUUCUUUCGUCGCUCUAGCAGGAGCAGCCGACUACAGCUGCACAAAAGCCGCACUUCUGGCUUUCCACGAGGCCCUCACGCAGGAGGUGAAGCAUCGAUACAAGUGUCCUCAGAUCAUGACCUCUAUCGUUCACCCCAACUGGACAAAAUCAGCUAUAACAGCACACCCAGCGAUCGAAGCUGGACUGAAGCGGAUUGGUGCGCGCCUCCUAGAAGCCGAGGAUGUUGCUGAAGCUAUGGUCAAACAGAUCAUUUCUGUAGAGAGUGGGCAAAUAGUUCUAGGCCCCGCCAUAUCUCCAAAAAUCCGUGCCUUACCUCUUUGGCUGCAAGAGAUCCUUCGCGACAGUCAGGCAAACGUGGUCACUGGAAAUGGUUCGACGUCGUGA